GACGCUUGUGGCGGUCGUGCUCGAUAUCCACCAGAUUACGUUCUUUCUGCUCCAUGGAUUACAUGGCUGCUUGUGUACCGAACUGAUAAAUACAAAAAGCUUCAGGCUGAAGUGGACAAGCACUCACGGAAAUUGGAAAAGCAGCGCGACACGACUUCCGAAAAUAAAAUCGACAAGGCUGCGAAAAAGCGGCUGGGUAUGUUGUGCAUAUCACUCAUAGCAUUAAUGGGAAUCACUUUAGGAAGGCAAGAGGAGCGCCUCAAGGUUUUCACUCGUGAUCUUAAUGCAGUCAAAAUAAAAUCAAUGCUCGCUACCGCUGUAAUUUUCACCUCCUUAUUUAGCGUCUGUAGUAGUGUGUUCGAUGGUCGUGUUGUUUGCAAACUACCUUUCACGCCAAUUUCUUGGUUGUAUGGUAUGUCGCACAGAAAUCUACACGGAAAUGACUUCACGGACUGUUCUUUCAUUUUCCUUUACAUUAUCUGCACAAUGUCCAUCCGUCAGAAUGUCCAAAAGAUGCUCGGUUUUAGUCCAUCACGUGCAGCAAAUCAAAGUGCCUAUGGUUCUUCUAGCUGA